UAUAUUACAUCUAGAUCUCCUCUUUUGCCGUGGGCGUGGUAUUCAAAAUGGAUAUCACCUCUUUUGCCGUGGGCGUGGUAUUCACAAUGAAUAUCUCCAGUUGUGCUGUGGUGUGGUAUUCACAAUGAAUAUCUCCUUUCUGAUCUCACAGACUCCCGGGAUAGUAGCGUUUGGUUGAUUCCGGUGUGGAAUAGAUUUGUCUUCGGAUAUUUGCGACAUCUGUACAUCUUUACUGUGAAUAUAGUGAAAAUAGAGCCUGGAACAUACAGCAUACCUGAGCUGUUGCAUGAGAUCUAAUUUAGCUUCGAUCUUGAAGCCAGGGAGGUCGCGAGCUCGAAACUCAUCACAUCAAUUUAAAGUCUUCGGAUAUUGUGAAACAUUUUAUGUAUAUAUAGCAAAAGAAGGUCCAAAGCACAAAGUAUACCGGAACCCCUGGAUCUUCAAGGCUGAAGAUUGCCAGUUCCACUGCUGCAUUUUCUGUCUACUUAAGCUAGAGAUUUUCGGAUGCUGUGACGAAUAUUCAGCAGGUCUAUAGCUAAAGAAGACCUGGAUUUCAAAGUAUACCUGAAAUCGGAGUUCGUGAGUUUGAAACUCGCCCGAGCAAUUUGAAGCACACCUGAGUUUGCUGCAGAGGUUGCAAGAUCGAAUCUCACCCGAGCAAUUUAAAGCCCUCGGAUGCUGCUGUGACGCAAAUUCUCGCAUUUAAAAAUGUGCCAGAUAUCAGCGCGGCCGUUCUCCAGCACUCCUCUCUACGCCAGAGCAUCAUACAACAACAAUCAGCAGCUAUGGUUCGACAUGAAAGUAUUCUACAUCAGACUGGCUGCAUCGAUGCUGAACAAUCUCCCCGCUCCCGAAUCUCUAACCGUUCAUUGCUUACCUGGCAACAGCAAUCGCUCGGCGCUGGAGAUCAACGGCCGGCGAAUCCACCCUUCCUGUAGCUCAUUCCUAACCCUAGAAAGAAGCCGCGCGGAUGAAAAAUCGUCCGAUGAAGUCGCCUACGUCUCCACCGACUCAAUCCGCGUAACCGGUACUCUCUGCUUCCAAGUCUUCCUUCGCGACAAGCUUCUCAUCUCCGGAACGCUGGAGAAAAAAGCAACGGAUCAGGCAAUAACAACGGCAGAAGACAUGAAUGAAAAAAUCUGGUCUUUGCAGUGCAGCUGCAAGCUCGAAUACACAUCAAAGUGGCCGUUCCAGACCCUCUCCGUCCCAUCCUUAGACGUCUUUGUUGCCGGCCGGAUGUUAGGGUUUCCGCUAAUUUUAACGCAGAGCGUACAAAUGAUCCCGAGGAAGAAACGGCUCCGCCAAGGCAGCUCUCUCGACGUCAUUCCCGAGGGCAACGAAGCCGAAACUGAAGAUUUUGCAGAGAUUUCUUCGGAUUCCGACCUGGAAUCGGACGACUACUCUUGUUCAGAAUCUUCGUCGUCUGUUUUUUUUGAUAGCAGCUCGGAGAGCAACAAUGGCGAACGCGAGUUCGAGCCUGAGGAGGAGGACUCGUGGUUUAACUCGGGUUUAGGGUUUGGACUUGGACUUGGGCUUGGGAUGUUGGGGGUGGGGCUCCUAGUGAAUUCUAAGGGCAUGAGAAAGCGUAUUUUGUAAUUAGGCCAUUUUAAUUUUAUGUUACUGAGUACAAACCAAAAUGUGUUUGAACAUCACAUGGUGAGAAUAACUUCAAAGGAUUUUUCCCCUUUCCCUUUGUUUUACCUCCCCAUUAUGGGUAAAAACAACAUAUUGUAAUUGUCUACAAGACAUUUGGAGCUGUCUAUUCUGAUAAGAGAGUUUUUUCUAUUUAAUAAUUAAAUUUAAAAUUUGAUUAUGACUA